UCUGCUCAGUCGAAGGUGGCGCCACACUAAAGCUAUCGAUUUCUCCCACAAUCCAUUUCGCGAUGGUCGGUGUUGUGAAGAUGGUUGAUUUGGAUUUGACGAAGUCGAUGUUGAUGAUGAUGAUGCUAAUGUAUUUGAAAUGUUAAUAGUGUGGUUAUGCCUCGUAACGAGAUGAAAAGAACGGGGGGUUUUUUUAAAGGGGUAUUAGAUGGUCUGCGAUUAUCCGUAACGCAACCGGUGAAAUCCGAAUGCGAAAUCGAAGAAAGUCUUAAACCGGAACACUUCCAAGUUGCUAAGACCCUUCGUCAUGGGUUUCCCUUCCAGCCUACAGCCAUAGCAUAUGAUCCUGUGCAACGUCUUCUAGUAGUUGGCACGAAAAAUGGAUCCCUCAGGUUAUUUGGUCGGCCUGGAGUAGAUUGUCAUGUGCAGCACUUGUUAGAUACUGCUGUUAUUCAAAUUAGCUUCCUUGUCAAUGAGAGGAUUACAUGUUGCCACCUUCCCUUCCAAUGCAAGUGGUUGUACAUAGGUACUGAACGUGGCAAUGUUCAUGUUGUCAAUACAGAAUCUUUUGUCUUGUCUGGAUAUGUUAUCAAUUGGAAUAAAGCUAUUGAAAUAUCACGAAAAUCUCAUCCUGGUGCUAUUGUACAUCUAAGUGAUAAUCCAUUGGAUCCUAAUAAGUUAUUAAUAGGUUAUGAUACUGGUGUGGUUGUUUUAUGGGAUUUGCGAAACAGAUCGGCAGAUUCAAGGUUUCAGUGUAGUGAGUAUCUGACAUCAAUAUCUUGGCAUAAUGAUGGAAAACAAUUUAUAUGCAGUCAUACUGAUGGUAGUUUAACUACAUGGAAUAUAAGGUCUUCCAAGCCUAUAUCUGUCAUGUAUCCUCAUGCCAAACUUAACAAAGAUGGUAAGCCUGAAUUGUGUAAAAGUAUAUACAAGGUAGAAUGGAGAACAGUCCGAGGAGGUGAUUCAUUUGUUAUAUUUUCUGGAGGAUUACCAUACGAUAGGACAGGGCAAUCACCAAGUUUAACAAUUAUCCAUGGGAAAGUAACAACGGUAUUAGAAAUGGAACAUUCUAUCAUUGAUUUUAUUACAUUAUGUGAAACACCUUGGCAAAGUGGGUUCAUCAUGAAGAAUGUAGAUCUACACAUACUUCAUUAUGAAAUUUCUUUGUGGAGAUAUCUAGCUUUUUCUAUGGAAAAAUUUUUGCUGACUGAUGACCACUCUAUGGAUAGUGUUCCUGAACUAUCUUCAAUUGUCAGUCAAGUGAGUAACUGUGUUCAAUGUUUAACUAAAAGCAAAUAAAAGCUAUAGUUAUCUCACAAUUAUGAGAUCUACAGCUAUUUUUAAUGUAUUUAUCAUAUUGCUGUUGUACUUCUCUUAUGUUUGCUUUUGAUAAUUCUAAAUAUGGUCUUUUUCUUGUGUUUAUUCUCUUUGCAAGGUGUGUGAAAUUUGACUUUUUAAAGAAAAACUUAGGUUUAAUCUUGUCUUAAACAGAUUUGGUUAUCUUUCAUGCAAUCAAUAAAUACACUAUUCUUUGCCAACAUCAUAACUUCAAGAGGACAAUUUUUUUUUGUUUGCUUCUUCACUAUCCAGUUUUCAUGUUUUCA